UCGAGUCCGGCGCUGGGGGCGCGUUUGCUCAGUCCCUCCUCGUCUCCUUGUUCCGGGCCUCGGUGGGCCGAGGAGGCGGAGCUGCAGCUACACUCCGCCGGCUGCCGCUGCAGAGCGCCCGGCUUUUCCCCAGCAGCCGCUGCUACUACUGCCGGUGGAUCGGGGCCCCAUGCAAGGAUGGCGGCGUCGCCGGCCCGGGAGCUCACGCAGAACCCGCUGCAGAAGAUCUGGGAACCCUACAACAACGGGCUCCCGGCCAAGCACAGCGCCCAGCGCGGGGUCUGUAUGACCAAUUGUCCUACACUGAUUGUCAUGGUGGGCCUCCCAGCCAGAGGGAAAACGUACAUCUCCAAGAAACUGACACGCUACUUAAACUGGAUUGGAGUGCCUACAAAAGAAUUUAAUGUUGGUCAGUACCGUCGAGAUUUGGUAAAAACAUACAAAUCCUUUGAGUUCUUCUUGCCAGACAAUGAAGAGGGCUUGAAAAUCAGAAAACAGUGUGCCUUAGCAGCUCUGAAUGAUGUCCAGCAGUACCUCAGUGAAGAAAAUGGGCAUGUGGCUGUUUUUGAUGCUACAAACACAACACGAGAACGCAGAGAAACCAUCUUCAGAUUUGGUGAGGAGAAUGGCUAUAAGACGUUCUUUGUUGAAUCAGUAUGUGUAGAUCCAGAGGUCAUUGCUGCAAAUAUUGUGCAAGUGAAACUUGGCAGUCCUGAUUAUGUUGAUUGUAGUAAUGAUGAAGCUACAGAAGACUUCAUGAAAAGAAUAGAGUGCUACAAGAACACAUAUGAGAUGCUAGAUGAAACUCUGGACAAGGAUCUUUCCUAUAUUAAAAUCAUGGAUGUUGGAAGGAGUUACCUUGUGAAUAGAGUAAUGGACCAUAUCCAAAGCCGGAUUGUCUACUACCUCAUGAAUAUCCACGUAACUCCUCGCUCGAUCUACCUCUGUCGACAUGGAGAAAGUGAACUGAAUCUGAAAGGGAGGAUAGGAGGAGACACUGGACUGUCCCUUAGGGGGAAAGAGUUUGCCAAGAGCUUGGCGCAGUUCAUUAAUGAGCAAAACAUCAAGGAUCUGAAAGUUUGGACCAGUCAGAUGAAAAGGACGAUUCAAACUGCGGAGGCUUUGGGAGUGCCUUAUGAACAGUGGAAGGUUUUGAAUGAAAUAGAUGCAGGAGUCUGUGAAGAAAUGACAUAUGAAGAAAUUCAGGAAAACUAUCCUCUUGAAUUUGCUUUGAGAGACCAAGACAAAUACAGAUACAGAUACCCUAAGGGGGAGUCAUAUGAAGAUCUCGUUCAGAGAUUGGAGCCAGUAAUCAUGGAGCUGGAAAGGCAGGAAAAUGUGCUUGUUAUAUGUCACCAAGCAGUUAUGCGCUGUCUGCUUGCUUACUUUCUGGACAAGACUGCAGAACAACUGCCUUAUCUCAAGUGCCCACUCCAUAGUGUCUUAAAGCUAACCCCAGUGGCUUAUGGUUGCAAGGUGGAAUCUAUAUUCCUGAACAUUGAAGCUGUAAACACACACAGAGAUAAACCAGAGAAUGUAGACAUUUCCAGACCUCCCGAGGAAGCCCUUGUAACAGUCCCUGCUCACCAGUGAACCCGUGUCCAGAUCAGCUAUCAAACGCGUGAAUGUAGGUGUGGAUCGCUCGAGAGAGGAAGCCUUGAGGACAGUACCUAAUCAUCUAUAACUCCCGUGGACCAUGACAAUAUCCCCUGCCUGCCCCAGAAGCGCUAAGGAAAUAGCUCAGGUACAUGAGACUGGAGAAGACAUCCAAGGAGGUCAAGCAGUGUCACAUGCACACACUCCCUCUGACUGUAAGGCUUUUAGAAUGUGAUUCAAUGACUUGUGGGAAAACCCAUGAUUCUGGAGGACCCUUAAUGCUGAAAGUUGAAAUGUGCAAGGCAGGAAAUAUUUAUGGGAAACCCAGUGAAGUUGAUAUUAAUUUUUCUUCUGUGAAUAUGCAGUUUUUCAACUGUUUUUAUUCUUCACCUGUGGCUCAUGCAAGAUUGUUAAUUGCUCGUCAGCUUACUGUCAAGUUUUAACUGAACUUUUACUUUUUUCAAUAAUGGCUUUUCUAAGAGUACCUCUUAUUUUUACUGUGAAUGACUGCCUAGAAUUAGAUGACUUUUUUUUUAGUUGUGUAUAUAUAUAUAUUUUGAAUACAUGUGAAAUUCUGCAUUUAAUGCUCUGUAGGCUCCAUUUGCUACAAAACCAGUUCAUAUUGGAGGCUUGCUCUGAAAAAGUUUCUCAAGUACUUUUUUCCCAUCCCCUAUCUAUGUUUGAGCAUAGUUCAGGUGUUGCAAAGCACCGUGUAUGUGUGUCUUUUGAAAUAGGGAUUCUUUCCCCUUUGCCAAGAAAAAAUAUUUGAUAUUAUAUAUUAUAUUAUAUUGACAGUGAGAGAGGCUUUGCUAUCACAGUAAGUUCCUUUAUCUUCCAUGCAAAAUGGCAUUUUGUACCAUGGUGGGGGUGCACUAUUAUACAGUUGAUCGUUCUAGAAGGAUGGUUUUAAGUACAGAUAGCUGGCUUGUUAAUAGUCUAAUUAUCCUAGAAAGAGAUUAUGAAGGGUAAAAUGACAGAUAUCCUUCAGAAUAUCUGUACUGUCCAGGUUAAGCAGCCUUUCCAAGAGAGAACACAACUUCCACAUUCAGGGUGAAAUAUACUCCCAUUCAAUGGGCCCUCAAAAGACCCAAUGCAUCACUUGAAUGCAGGAAAACUUCAAUGUAAACCCUAAAUGGGCUCUAAUAGAGUGAAUUUCACACUAAAAGUAUAAGGUUUUUUAUGUGGGAGCAUUAAGUAAAUAGAGGAGAAUGUUAAAAUAAAAUUUUAGCCUCCUGAGAAUUGUAUAAGUACAAAACCCUUGAGUGAAUUUGGAAAUUGAUUUUUUAAAAAAUGUCAUCUCUAUAUUUUGUUUUUAAAAUCUUUUUAAACUUCCUGUGAAAUUGCAAGUGCAUUUAUGUCCAAUGCUAAAAAGUAAUAGAAUUUUCUAUGCAUGUCAAGGCCACUCACUACCUUCAUUGUUCCAAGCCCCUAUCUCUCUCUCUCUCUCUCUCUCUCUUUCUCUCUAUAAUACAUGUGUUGUUGGAUGAUAGAAUUUAGGUAGCAACACCUAAUUGUUAAUGAAAUGAAGAAAGCUGCCCAUUAGUUAUUGGAGUAUCUUUUUGAUGUCUGCUAAUCCAACUCUUGCAUUUAUCCGUUAAUACAUUUAGUUGAAUUUCAGUGCAGAGAAUUGAGUUCUGUCAAAGUAGCUUGCAGGCAAGGGCUAAAUUGUUUUUUUGUUUUGUUUUAUGCAGGGCAGGGGACUCUAAUAUGUGCUGCUGUUGUGAUUUGUUUUAUUAAGCUAGUCUUAGCAAUACAGUCAAUGUACUGGAAGUAAGCCAUAUAGCUAGAUUUCAUUUCAGAAAACGAAUGCAUAGGAUAUCAAAACACUUGCUUGGAACCUUAGCAUCAAAAGCUUUUUGUCUGUAAUCCAUGCAACCAGUAAUAUGCAUUUAAAAGUAUAUAUUUAUUUAGCUGUAUUAAUAGUUAUUGUCUAAUGUUAUAGCACAAAGCACUGCUAAGACAUUUAUUGAUGCACAGCAAAACAAACCCUAAAGAUGCUUAUGGAGAGGGAAGAGAUGCUAUAUAGUGGUUUCCCUUCUGAUAACCUAUUUGUUCAUAGUUCAGAAGAACAGCCCUAUCCUCUAAGGUGCCCUGUUUCCUGUGGAUCUGGGCCACGACCUACAGUAGGGAUUAUUUAUGUUUAAUGAUGGUAAAUUGAGGAAGUCUAGCUUUUAUCCAUAGUUAUCCAAGGCAAAUUCCCAAAUAUUAUGUUCUUAAUGUGCUUUGAAAAGCAGAGGUUUACCAAGAUAGUUUGGAUUACUGUAGUUUUGAGCUUCGUCCUGGUAAAGGAAGCGUGGUUAUAAAAGGGAAAUGUUUCCCUAUAUGGGUUUUUAAUCUCAGAACUUUCAGAGGUGCUGUAAAAUUCUAUAUGGUUAAAUGUUUUAUGUAUAGUAGAUAUUUUUAUAGACUGUGUGAAUAAAUUGUGUCAGUACUUGAAAAUAAAAAGGAGAAUCUGAAGCUGUCAAUUCUGUUUUAAUUUACAAAUAAUGUCAUUGACUGUAUCUUAGUUAGUAAAAGAAAAAUACUAGAAUGUAAAAAUAAGUAAAUGAUCACCCCCAUCUCUCCUGUAAAAAUUGAGAGUUCUGGAACUAUAUUGCAAGAAUUACUCAUUACUAUCUAAAAGCUGUAUACAUAUUCCCAUCUGUUUCGGAAAAGUGAGUCAUCAUCCAGAGGGGGUAACUUCUAAGCAUGGUCUAGUAUGUUUGUUUUAUGUUGUAGUGAUUGGAUGGGAUUAAACUAACCUUUCUGACAUGACUGGUCUUCAAUUUAAUCUUCUAGGCAAAAUGAAUCUCAUGUGAUCUUUGAGCCAAGUAAUAAAGAUCAAAUGUUAAAACUCAA